GCCUAGUUUAAAUCCCUUGUUUCUACCUAGUCAGGGGAUUUAAUAGAAUAUCUAUCAAAUUAUCAAAGCCACUAUUUUUCAUUCUGCUUUCACUAACAGAAUCGAUGUUUCAGUCAAGAAAGUCAAUUUCUUUCCUACUAUUCACUUUUUACAUAUCAAUUUACUGUCAAUCAACGAUCUUUGAUCCUGAAACCGGUAAACACUAUCCAAUAUCAGAUUCUUCUCGUAUAGAAGACAUCCCAUUUUUGUUACCUAGUCCUGAUCCUAAAGAGUAUCCACCAGAAUUUCUUAACUCUUUACUGGAGCAUUGUAAUGAUCCCACGCCUAGUUACAUCGAACUGUUCUCAAAAGCUUGGAUUGCUUUUAAAGAAAUGGGUUUCAGCAAAUCAAAGUUUCAAAACACUUUCUUAUUUGUUCGCCGCAUCAUCUCUGCUACGCGUCCAUUACAAGUGUUUCAUGCUUUAUUGACAGGCCUUUUACUUACUCUGCUUCGAAUGUAUAUCACACGAAAGCUUUAUACAAGGCUUAUUGCCAGUGUUGGUGUAACUCCAGAAGUUUCUGGUAAACUUAUUGAAUCUGGUUGGAAAUGUUUUUGGUUCUUAUUUAUGUGGCUUUUUAGCCUACAGGUUGUAGUUUUAAGUGGCAGAACAGAUUUCCAAUAUCCCUUGUGUGUCUUUCGCAAUAACAUAUUUACAAUUGGCUACUUUGAUAUUCCGACUCCUCCUGAUUACUAUUGGCUUUAUACACUGCAGUUGGGAUUCUAUUUACAUUCAUUAUGGAGUGUAUUUUUUAUGGAUUUGUGGCGUAAAGAUUCUUCUGUAUUAGUUCUACAUCAUUGUUUGACACUUUUACUGCUAGAAGGUUCAUUAUUGCUAAGGAUACAUCGUGCGGGUGUUGUAACUUUACUUCUACAUGAUUUAUGCGAUGUAUUUUUAGAAUUCGGUAAAAUAAAUGCCUACUUGCGUAAUCGACGCGGAAAAGUGCAUACUAUUCACGUAACUAUUGCUAAUAUAUGUUUUGCACUAUUUGCAACAUCAUGGGUUGUUUUACGACUAUAUUUAUUCCCAUUGAAAGUUUUAUACGCUUCCUCUUGGGGAGCUUAUAUUUGUUUGGUCGGUCGAGAAAACAGAGGAUUUCUGUUUUUCAAUUUACUGCUAUGGUGUUUAUUUGUAAUGCAUAUAUAUUGGUUUACGUUCAUUAUACGUAUGGCUAUUCGAAUAUUUACAAGUCCAUCAGAAGCAUGUGAUGAUAUACGUGAAGAUACACCGAAUAAAAACAUUGACAAUAUGAAGCUUUGUAAUCAUAAGACUACAUCAGAAACAAUUUUAAACAAUAAUCAUAAUCAUAUUACUACUACUUAUACUGCCACUGAUAUCACUGAUACAUCUUUCAUUGUAAAGCAGAUUAAACGAAUAGAAAAUAAUAGUAAUAAUAAUAAUAAUCAUAAAGAUAAAUCUUUAACAAAUGGAAGUACAUGCAUAUCAACCAAGUGCAAUUAACUAGAAUUUAUUUGUUAUAGACAAAGAUCAAUUGUUAUUUACAUAUAACAUAACUUAUGAACAAACUAUAUUAGAUAAGUUUGUGUUUCAUAUUCAUUCCAUUUAAUUCUAUUCAUUAAUGUUUUGUCAAUGGUUAUUUUCUAUACUCCUCUCUUAUUUUAUAUUCUAUUCACAUAUCUAUUAAUUUGUAAGAGAUUCAAAUGUUCUUUUCUGUAUGUUUUAAUUGUUGUUUGUUUACUUUUCAUUUUCACUACACAUUGAUUUUUUUUCACAAUGAGAUUGACACACACACACACACUUACAUACACAUUGCAGUUAACUAUGGAUCUUUUAUAAUUUCAACUUUUUCAAUAUGGUGGCGUUUUUCCUUCAAGAAUUCUUGUUCAAUGUCUUAAUAGAGAUAUAUACAAGUCACUAUUAUUUUGUAUUUUGUUUGUAUUCUCAGAAAAACGAAUAAAUUUGUAACCAGAUGUAUUAAGUGAACUUGAAUUUUGUAUUUUGUCUUUCUGUGAUCUUUAUGUGUAGUCAUUUCUGUAUGAUAUGCGUCUAGACACGCCCUCUCAAAUGAAAGUAAAAUAAUACUUUAUAUUGUUGUUAUUAUGUAAUGAGAGUGGUAUAAAAAAAUCCCAUGGAAAGUGGAAGGACACAAUUUGUACUUGACUUUCUCAUAUAUUGCCAUAUAUAGAUCCAAUUGUAAUGUUAGUAAAUAUCUCCCUACCUCUUUUUCUUUCACUCUCUGUAUAUUGUAUGAUGUAAUGAAAUCAUCAGUCUUCUUUCUUUUUUUAUGUAUCAUUUUGAACUUCUACUGUUUUCAUUAUUUCGACUUUCAUUAUAGUUUUUGGAGUGG